CGUGGCUUCGUGACUGAUGGCGUCGUCGUUUAUAACGAGCACGAGCUCUCUCGGUCCCUCUCGAUCCCAUCCAACAGACACAAAGACCCCUUGAGAAUCAGACAUCAUGCCCGUCACCGAAUUCUCCCACCCAGAUCCCUACACCUACCAGAACGGCUUCGACUCGUACCAUGAGUCCGAAGCCAUCGCCGGAGCUCUCCCCGUGGGGCACAACUCGCCCCAGAAAGUCCCGCUAGGCCUCUACGCUGAGAAGCUGUCCGGCACGGCCUUCACAGCCCCCAGACACGAAAACAGACAGACCUGGGUCUAUCGCAUCAUCCCUGCGGCCUCUCACGAGAAGUUCGUCGCCGAGGAAUCCGACUCUUACCACACGCGCAUGACCACCGAGACACACAAGCUGCACCACAUCCCCAACCAGCUGCGAUGGAACCCAUUCGACCUGGACGAGAAGGUCGACUGGGUGCACGGGCUCCAUCUCGUCGCGGGAGCAGGCGACCCGACCCUGAAGCAGGGGUUGGGCAUCCUCCUGUAUGCCGCCGGGAAAGAUAUGGGCAAGGAGGCGUUCUACUCGGCGGACGGCGACUUCCUGAUCGUGCCGCAGCACGGAGUCCUGGACAUCCAGACCGAACUGGGCCGACUGGUAGUCCGUCCGAAUGAAAUCUGCGUGAUUCCCCGGGGGGUCCGAUACCGGGUGACUCUACCCGCAGGCCCCGUACGAGGCUACAUCUGCGAGCUCUACCAGGGCCACUACCAGCUGCCGGACCUCGGACCCAUCGGAUCCAACGGGCUCGCCAACGCGCGCGACUUCCAAGCCCCCGUGGCCUCAUUCGAAGACGACGAGACCGAGCACCGCCUGUACAGCAAAUUCGCCAACACACUCUUCUCGGCACGCCAGAGCCACAGCCCCUUCGACAUCGUCGCCUGGCACGGCAACUACUACCCCUACAAGUACGACCUGGGGCGGUUCAACACCAUCGGCUCGAUCUCCUUCGACCAUCCCGAUCCCUCCAUCUUCACCGUUCUCACGGGACCCUCUGACCACGUGGGUACCGCCAUCGCCGACUUCGUGAUCUUCCCGCCGCGGUGGCUCGUCGCGGAGAAGACCUUCCGUCCGCCGUGGUACCACCGCAACACGAUGUCCGAGUUCAUGGGCCUGAUCACGGGCAACUACGAUGCGAAGACGGGUGGCGGGUUCCAGCCGGCGGGAGCGAGCUUGCAUAAUGUGAUGAGUGCGCAUGGGCCGGACGCGGAUGCGUUCGAGGGCGCCAGCAAUGCCGAGCUGAAGCCGCAGAAGGUGGGCGAUGGGAGUAUGGCGUUUAUGUUUGAGAGUUCGUUGAUGGUGGGCGUGUCGGAAUGGGGACUCAAGACUUGUCAGAAGGUGCAGGAGGAGUAUAAUGAUCAUAGCUGGAGGCCGUUGAAGCGGCAUUUCCAGAAUCCGAACAAGGCUUAAUGUAUAGUUAUUAAUAUCAGUGAUGCGAUUUACUUUAUCUAAAAUGAGACAUUUUCUGGUUUG